AUGAAUCCGAUGUCAAUGGACAAAGAUGAACCAUCAUCAUUGUUAUCAUUUUCGACGAACCAUCCUUUAGAACAGUUUAUAUUAUUAGCCAAAGGAGCUAAAGGUUCAGCAUGUGCAGAACUCAUCAAACAGGUUCUGGAGGCACCCGGUGUUCAUGUAUUUGGCGAACUUCUCGAAAUGCCGAAUAUCAAAGAGCUCGAAAGUGGUACUUAUGCUACUCACUAUAAAACUCUAAAUCUAUUUGCAUACGGUACAUAUAAGGAGUACCUUGAGAACAAGUCUGACUAUUUAGAACUUACUCCUGCUCAAUGCAAGAAGUUGCAACAUUUAACAAUUGCCACAUUAGCAACACAAGAAAAAUGUAUUCCGUAUAGUGUACUGCUCAAAGAGUUGGAUAUUAAAAAUGUGAGAGAUUUAGAAGAUCUGAUUAUUGAAGCUAUUUAUGCAGAUAUAAUUCAUGGUAAACUAGACCAAGAAUGCAAGCGUGUGGAAGUUGAUGUUGCUUUGGGUCGUGACGCGCGUCUCGAAGAUGCUGCCUCCAUUGCUGAUGUGCUCGCAGACUGGUGUAAUGCUUGCGAAACUGUGCUCAGCUCUGUAGACAGACAUAUACAGAGAGCCAACCACCAUAAACAAAAGGCCAUAAGACACCAUCAAGCUAUUGAGCAAGAGAUAAUGUACAUAAAGAAAACUUUGAAAACGCAAGUAGAAAACGAAGAAUCAGCGUCGGGCGCUGGUACCGAAACUCACUCCGUACCAAAAAAGAACUCGGGCAAAGGGAAAACUCAUCACCCUCGGAAUGCUGCCAAGUUCUGGCAGAAAAACACAUAA